AUGUCCUUCACGUUGAUGGCAUGCACCGAUAUUCGGGGGCAGAAGGUGAACGUUGAGCUCCCCUUUCAACAGCCGCCCGACUCCAUGGAAGCGCUGCGCGGUGCCCUGGAGCACAUUUUUCGAGAAGAAGAGGAGGCCAUCAAGUACGCAAAAGGCUACACCGACACGCGCGCGUGCGAGCCCUUCACGAUCAUCCGCCUACAGCGCUACAACGACGACUCGCAGAGCUGGGAGGAUCUCACCUCCAUUGACGUGCUCCAAACAUACGACCAGCUCUACGUGUUUCGCAAGAAUAGCACCAAGGCAGACAUCUCCCCCCAAAGGGAGCUACCACUGCCGAGGAUCUCCGACUUCUUUUACGAUCUGAAAGCCUCUGCGUCCCACCGCACGCCACGCAGGUCAUCACGCGUGAAAGAGAAUGGUACCGCAGCCGCCUUGGCUCCUACCAGUGUUAGCCACGGUGGGAGUGUCUCACCGAACCACGUACGUCGCAGCGCAGGAGGAAGCCCCUACAGGGCCAGUGGUGCCUCCAGCUCUGCGCCACCACCACGGCGUCCCGAGCACUACCACGUGGAUGACCCUUACCCAGCGUCAGCGGUGCCGCCCAUGAAUAUUGCGGCAGUGCCGGUACCGCAGCCGCCAUCGUCGUCCUUCUACUAUAAGGAGCGCACCACGCCGGAGCGGGUGGAGUACCUCUUCAGCCUCGGCAGGCAGUAUAACAAAGGCGCCCUGCUUACAGAGAAGGCAUUCGUGCAUAUUUUUCGCAUGGCCAGCGUUGCCUUCCCAGUCGAGGUUCUGCAAGACCUCUUCGCCUACUUUGCCACACGCGGUGAUGGUGGUGCGGGCACAGCGACUAUGAGCGCGAAGGACUUCCAAGAGUUUGCAACUUACUUUCCGGUCCUGGUGAACAUUGCCUACCAGCGCAUCACAAACCAACAUCGCGAGGAGGCGAUUCGCGCAGCUCAGCUCGAAAGCAGCAAGCAGGUAAAACACGCGCGGCGCCAGCUGGAGGAGUUGGCGGCUCAACUCGCAGCAGCACGCAAGGAGAUGCAGCAGACCGAGCAGCGCCAGGCUCGUCUUCAGGAGGACCUCUACGAGCUUAACAUGCAGCGUGAUCCGGAGCACUGUCAGGAGGAGCAAGCCCUGCUAGACAAAGAGGUGAGUGUCUUUAAGUACCGUGAGCGACUAUCCCGCGAGGAACGCGACUAUGAGCGGCUAGCCAUCGAACGACGGAAGCGGGCUGUGGCAUCCUCUACACGUGCCCGGUCCAACUCUCCGCAGGGGGGGUAUGACGCGAACCGCUACGGCCCCCGUGACUAG